UUCGCCUUCCACCCGGUCCCGGUCCCGGUCCCGGCCGCUGCCCGCUCCCGCCAUGGCGCCCAGGAAGUUCUUCGUGGGGGGCAACUGGAAGAUGAACGGCGACAGGAAGAGCCUGGGCGAGCUCAUCCACACGCUGAACGGCGCCAAGCUCUCCGCCGACACCGAGGUGGUCUGCGGAGCCCCCUCCAUCUACCUGGACUUCGCCCGUCAGAAGCUGGAUGCGAAGAUCGGGGUGGCGGCUCAGAACUGUUACAAGGUCCCUAAGGGCGCUUUCACCGGAGAGAUCAGCCCGGCGAUGAUCAAAGAUAUUGGAGCCGCGUGGGUGAUCCUGGGCCACUCCGAGCGAAGGCACGUUUUUGGGGAGUCUGAUGAGUUGAUUGGGCAGAAGGUGGCUCACGCUCUCGCCGAGGGCCUCGGGGUCAUUGCCUGCAUUGGGGAGAAGCUGGACGAGAGAGAAGCUGGCAUAACGGAGAAGGUGGUUUUUGAACAGACCAAGGCCAUUGCUGAUAACGUGAAGGACUGGAGUAAAGUGGUUCUUGCCUAUGAGCCGGUUUGGGCUAUUGGAACUGGUAAAACUGCAACUCCCCAACAGGCUCAGGAAGUUCAUGAGAAGCUGAGGGGGUGGCUGAAAAGCCACGUGUCUGAUGCUGUUGCUCAGUCGACUAGGAUCAUCUAUGGAGGUUCCGUCACUGGCAGCAACUGUAAGGAGCUGGCCUCUCAGCAUGAUGUGGAUGGCUUCCUUGUUGGUGGAGCUUCUCUCAAGCCAGAGUUUGUGGAUAUUAUCAAUGCCAAACACUGAAGCAGCCGGUGAGGAGCAGUCCCUUGUGGUUAAGAGCAAGAAACGGAAGCAAAAGGGACCUUUCAUUGCACACGUCUCAGUACAGAGGCCUCCUCUGAGGCUGCCCCCCUCCACGGUCAUUGUUCUAGCUGUGCUGCUAACCCCCACCACCAUGUUGGAGUCCUGUUAGUGGGAGCCUGUCUCGGCAGAGUCUUGACAGCCUCCUCUCCGAAUUGGCAAAAUCCUCAGUUGCCUGUUGACCUGUAAGAGCCCACGGUCAACCUGGCUGGUACUUCCCCCCCCUUCUCUGCAGCGCUGCAGGGAGAGAGGGCCACCGGUGCUGGGGGAGGGGAAAAAGGAACCACACUCUCCUGCAUCCUUCAGCUCCAUCCGCAAGGAGCCUGUCAGCUUAGACCUUUGUGAGAUGUCUUACCUCACCUGUGUCCUGUACUGAACAAUAAAUGGAAAAAAGAAAA